AUGGUGGGUGCUCUUCAAUACUUGACUUUGACUCGUCCUGAUAUUGCCUAUGUUGUGAAUGUUGUUUCUCAGUUUAUGCAUGCACAUUGUACUACUCAUUUGCAGUGUAUGAAGCAUAUUUUUAGGUACUUACAGGGUACUAUUUCUCAUGGACUGUUCUUGUGUGCUUCUUCAUCCAAUUCAUUGGUGAUUGUUUAUUCGGAUGUUGAUUGGGCUGGAUGCCCCGAUAGCAGGUGUUCUACUACUGGGUUUGCAAUUUUCUUGGGUUCCAAUCUUAUCUCUUGGCGUGCGAAGAAACAACCAAUAGUUUCAAGAUCGUCUACAGAGGCCAAGUAUAGGGCUAUUGCUUAUACUGUAGUUGAAACUUCUUGGAUUCGUCAUGUUCUUUGUGAGCAUGGUCUUUAUCUUCGUGAAUCGAUUCGAGCAUUGUGUGACAAUAUCAGCUCAACAUACAUGUCUCAUAACCCCGUAUUCCAUGAUCGUUCUAAACAUAUUGAUGUUGACUUUCAUUAUGUUCGUGAUAAAGUUGCUCAAGGGGAUCUUGUUCUCUAA